CCCCGAGAGUGCAAAUGUACCAAUUUAACCAUUUAUGUAUUUAGUUCAUGACAUAACCUUCAACGAACGCUUAGAUGGUCGUUGUGUAUUUAUUUUGCGCUCUCGUGUUUUCUUUUUUAGGUAGUACAUUUACGCAGCGCAUGUUCGGUGCGCCCUUCUUGGCUAAACAGCGCCUUCUGGCUUUGAGCGCACUAACUCAGCCGAAAAAAACAUACCAUCCACUGCAGCAGCAGAAGGACUGCCGAUAGACAGCAGCAGGCCAGUGAGGGGCCACAGGGAAACUCGUCAGCCACAGACCGAUCUUUCCUUAUUAUCUCCACGACUGCUGCUGUGAGCAGACAGGAGCUGGAGCUGUUCAAACUGCGCCAAUUAUCUGAGAAGGACGGAUGCGAUGCUUUGUGGCCGUGUGUGUACCAAGCAACAUGUCACAUUAAAACGAAAAGGCUGACUGAAACAUAGUCGAAAAUCGGUUGUAGUUAAAAGGACAUGCUCUCUGCUCUUUACGUAACCCCUUUUUGCGUAAAUUAGCACUUGAUGUCGCGUGGAGCUGGAUUAUUUUGGCGAGGAUAUAGCUCCGGUGCUCUCCAUCCUCCCUGCUUCCGUUGUUGUCCUCAGCAGCAGCGGGCUCACAGACUCAUUCAGACGGAGAAUCUGAAUGCAGGAGCAUUGUAAACAGUCGAGGAGCUGUCUUAAUGAAAGCCUGCAUCGCUGAAUCCCGCUCAAAGCUUUUCAUCAGUGAUGCCUGGGAAUCCUGCAGCUGCUCUCCCAUGCUGUUCUUUGAGAAAGGGAUCGUAGUAAACCUCUCUGGGAUUUAGAACAACUACUAGCAUGUUGCAGCCCUCCACCAGAGCAGGUGACAACCUGUUGGAAGCAAUACCUCACUGGAGUAAGCUUCAGAGAUGGGCCCUCGCCUUCUCCCUCUGCAUGGCUCUUCUCUGGCUCCCAGGGACAGCAGGAUCCCCCCUGGGCUACCAAAAGACCUGCAUCUGUGCCUCCAACAUAGUGAGCUGCUCCAAGAUGAAUUUGAGCAGUGUCCCGACAGGUCUGCCACUCUACAUGGCUGUGCUGGAUGUCAGCUACAAUAACAUACAGCUGUUGAGAUCUGAGUGGACCCCAAACAGCCUCCCAAAGCUCCAUAACCUCCUGCUCAGCCAUAAUGGUCUCCAUUUUCUGUCUUCGGAGGCGUUUGUAUAUGUGAAGUUCCUUCGCUACUUGGAUCUGUCCUCAAACAACCUGACGCUUCUUGAUGAAUUUAUCUUUGAGCCUUUGGUAAACCUUGAGGUCCUUCUGCUCUACAAUAACCACAUUUCCCAGAUUGAUCGCUCUGCUUUUGUAACCAUGAUCAACCUUCAGAAACUCUACCUAAGUCAGAACCAAAUCUCCCGUUUCCCUCUAGAGCUGGUCAAAGAAAGAUCCCGCCUGGAGAAACUUAGCCUCCUGGAUGUGUCCUCCAACAAGAUCAAGCUUCUACCCGUCGACGAGUUCCAGGUGCUGCCUGCCUGGAUUAAAAACGGCCUCUACUUCCACGAUAACCCCCUGCUGUGUCACUGUGACCUCUACACGCUCUUAGCCCAUUGGUACAUUCGAAAGUUCAACUCUGCAUUGGACUUCAAAGACAACUACACAUGCAUUCUGCCCGGCCCACAAAAAAUUACAGAGCGUGUUUUUGAUCUAAGCGGCGAAAGCAUGAACUGCAGCACGUUCAAGGAGAAUGAUGUAGAGGCUUUUCUGGAGCAACGGCUAAUUCUUUACUGUGACACCAAACACAGGAAGAUGUCAAAGACCUGGAUGAUGCCUGGCAAUGUAAUAGUGAUGUCUGGGAGCAACCAGACAGCCAAAGUAACGAAAGAGGGGAAUCUGCAGAUUAAUCCAGUGAGAGUAGAGGACUCUGGCACCUACACCUGCACUGCUAUGAGUGAGGCCUUAAACGAGACCAUCUACGUGGUGCUGAAGGUUCAUAAUAUUACAAUGCAUGGGAAUGGGGAGACCCUAAACACAGCGUACACCACAUUAGUGGGCUGCCUGGUUAGUGUAGUGCUGGUGCUAGUGUACCUUUACAUGACACCAUGCCGCUGCUUCUGCUGCCCCAACAAAGGUAAAAACAGGGGUGAGGACAGCAUCCACUCCUCCAUGCUCAGCGUGACACCCACCCACGAGGACCCGGAGCUCAAGGCGGAGCUGAACCGGCACGUAGCGUUCAUAGACUCAAAAGACCUACAGAGCCAGAACGGUAAGCUGAACCCAAAUGGGGAGGAGGAUGACGAUGAUGGAGAUGACAUGGAUGCAGAGGCUGGUUCUCUUAUGAAGGGGAAGAGGAAGAAGUCAGUAGCAGAGUCCAUCAGCUCAGUCUUCUCAGACACCCCGAUGGUGGCCUGAGAAAAGACAGGCAGAGACGAUGGGUGUGACUGGAUGUGAACAAUACAACAUGGACCAUGUUUGGUUCAUGUAGCCUGUGACUAUGACUAAACUGAAAGAAAAGAAGGAAGGAUUUUCAUCUCUCUUUGCUGACAAGUGAAAAUAAGGAUCUCAAAGGGAAUAAAAUAACAAACUAUGAUGUUGUCUAAAAUGACAACAAGCAAGACUUUUCCAGCAUAUUAAUGUGUAGCACUUAUCAUUAAUACUGUGAAGGAAUGGCAGAGGACAGGAAAAGUGGUAACUACUGUAGUUUAACAAAGUAAAAUGUAGAUGACGUAUUGUUAAUAUCAGCACUCAGGAAGUGAUAAACAAACUGUUGAAGUGUGGAGAAAUACAUAUGAUAAUAAUGCACAGGUUUUAAGUAGAUUUAAAAAUAAUUAUUGAAACCAUGGCUGGCUCAUAAUUGUAUUUAUAUUACAAUGACUAGAUUAGACUGCAUCUUACAACAUUAGAACAUAGAUACUGAAUUCCUCCUCAAUCAAGGACUCAGACUUAGACAGCAUGGCAUUGACAUGCUGCAAACACAUCCUUACAUCAAGCUUGAGUUGUCUAUUAAAAACAGCAUGUCACAAAUCCACAUUAUGUGUUCCCGGGUUAGUUCCGUCUGACUGCUUAGCUGGUUCUUAGUUACACUGAAAUAUAAUUUUUCAGGCUGAUUGUUACUCAGAUUUAAAGAGGUAGCUGUAUUUUAAAAUAAAAACAUGGACAGUACAACAGCUCCCCCAGAGUGAAGGUGGAACUUUAGAGCUCCCCCUGGUGACUUGCUGCGGUAUUGUAGUUUCAUAAAGCCCACCUCCUCAAUUUUAACAGAUGGAAAAUCUGACAAAAUAGAAAAUUAAAAUACAUGUCCAAUACAUUUUGCUCAAAUAUACAUUCAGUCAUAGCAGUUAGCUCUGUCCAUGCAGAUAUGCGUAUCACUUUUUCCAAAGAGUUUAGCUUUAAUCAGUUAUUUAAUGUUUGAAAGAGUAAAUGUGUCAUCAUUAUUGACAGCUCUGUUGACAAAUACAGGCUCCUGCUGCAUUAUUUACCAGAUUAGGAGAGUAGAGAAGGAACUGCCGGAGAAAACAAACACAAGAGUUAUUACAUUUUCCAUAGUCAUGAGAAUCUGCAAAUCAACAGACAAAAAUCAGUUUUUCUGUGGACUGGACUGACCUGAGGUAUCUCUGACGUGUUAUCAGUAAGUCUAAUGUGUGUUUUGGUUAGCAGAUGGGGAUGUGACGUCAGUCCCACAGCUCCACCAGCCAGGCUGCUUCUGCGCAUGCCUUGGCUCCAAAAUACAUCAAGAGUGCUACAUGUCAACGUGUAUUUAGGGGGUAUGUUGGCCUCACUUUUUACAAUCAGAGGAGAGAGAGAGAUUCAUGCAUAAAAAUAUAUAGUCAAUAGUAUUCCCAUGGAUAUAUAAGGGUGAUAUUUUUCUUACCCUCAAUUUAAAUAUAGAUGAGAAGAACAAUAGUUAAUCAGCUAAAAAUCAGUCAUUGUGUAUCAAAGUAGUUUAACUGCUAGAGCCUUCCUCAAGCACUAAAGAUAUCUGUGUUGUCCUGACAGAUGAUGCACAUAUUGUCUAGCUUUAAUAUACAGAUAGAUACUAAUGUCCUCACUAAAUAAAAUGGACUUGGUGUGUUGUAAAAUGCCCCUUGCCCAAGAGUUUGAAUUAUUUCAGUCAAAUUGGAGCAUCAUUAGCAGGAAGUUCAACAAUAAGCUAGCACCAAUGACUGCUUUAACUUUUAUUUAUCUUUCCUAGAUUCAAAAUAAGCACCUGGCAUAAAAUCUGCCAACAAUUUUGAUACAUUAACAACAAAAAACAUGAACCUAUAGGUAUUCCUAGGUUGUGUAAAGUUUAAAAUCCUUGUGGUCAAAUUGUAGUGUUAAUAGCAAGAGGUAAAUACCAAGCUAAUGCUAAGUAAUAGAGCUGUCAUAAUAUCAGACCUGCAGGGGAAAUAAUGUUGAGUAUUGUUCGAAUGGAGAGCGCUGAUGUUAGUUAGUCCUGCCGCUGUCUUUAGAGUCAUUGCUGAAUAAUUGCAGAUUCAAUUUCAGAUACAGGAUGCCUCCUUUGCUGUGCACAUUUCACUAACAAGGUUUUGAACAGAAGACUGUGUUUCUGCUCCAACAAGCAGAGAUUUAAUUGAACUGUGUGGUGUUAAACAACAAGGCUAGGUUGACAUAAAUGCUAAUUGGAUUUUUUUGAUGGGUUGCAGCUUCCCUCUGUGUCUCUGUGAGGAAAGGUGUGUUAUCACAGCCACACAAUGCCAUUCUCUUUGUACACAAACAACCUUGAUUCAACCCAGAUAGGUCUGCUUUGUUUGUGUUCCUCAGUCAUUAUGUGCCUGUCCUUAUGAAGUUCAAAAGCAAUCAUUCAGCCAGGCCAUGAAUGUGAUGCCCUUUAAAUUGUCUGACAUUUGUCUAUGAGGGAUACGCCUACAGCUUUUUAUUGUACAAUAGCUUUCCCACUAAUACAGGUGGCUGGAAAGUAGAAUGUGAAAAUUUGGAAAUGAUAAUGUUAGUUAACGUGCUUCUUAGUUUUCUAGAAAAGCACUUCUCAGUACCUAGAAAAAUCAAUAGUUGUCUAAAGAUAUAUAAAUUCUAAGUUUAAUGUCCGUAGAGUUCUCAGACAAUAUGAUGUACACCUUUCAGAGCGCAAUGUGGUUUUUGAAAUGUAAUGUUAUAUUCAUAGUUGUGGUGUGCACAACAGCAUCUCUUGUGUGGGUGAAAAGAGGAAGUCACACUUAUCAGAGAGGUUGGUGUGUGAAUCAUCCCAUCCCUCACACAUAGGAAUACCAGGUGGAGAAAGAGAGCACAGCAAAAAAUACCACAACAUGCACUUAAAUGAAGCCACAUUCAGCACUACCCCAGACUGGCUGCAGUUGGUAGGAAUCUGGUCUAUUUUCAUGGGAUCCAGGCUCCAGGUUUUGCCCUAUGGAAUUGGUUUAUACAAGCUGUUUCUCACUUUUUCAUUCUGAGAUCAAUCUAAAACUCCUCUGAUUUCACAGCCUGGCAACUCAAAGCCCCAUGAGAAGCUACUGAAUGCCAUUAACCAAAUAUGAGACAGCUAAAAAGUCAGAUCAAACACAGGUGUUAGGGGUGUGAGAGAGCACACAUUGUACCGCCUGAUUAUCAAGGAAUAUUAUGUUUGUUUAUGAAGUCAGCCCGUAUCAAUAAAGUUAAAUCUGCUGUGACUAAUAGGGGGUCUUCUUCUGGUUGUGUCUGAAAAUACAAGUUUCAGUGCUGUUCAAAGAAAAAUAAAUGCUUUGGGUCCUGACGUAGAGGAUAAGCAAAGCAUUGUUCUGUCCAAAGCAAAUCUGCCUUCCUAUAUAUAUCUAUAUAUACAGUAUAUAUAUAUGUAUUAAGACUCACUUUUCUGUGUUCAGUAUUGAUUAGUUGUGUUCGGCUAUGUUCUACCAGUGUACUGACUGUAUUCUUGUAUAAUCUAAAAUGUUGUUGAUCAUUUUGAAUUUUGUCUGCAGCUGUGCUACUGUUAGCUGUUUCCAACUUUUAGUCUUGACAUAAAUGUUUAUUUUUUAAGCAGGUUGGGGUUUAGUUUUCUAUUGAAAUCGGAUGUAUUUCACACUUGAUUCUGCUACAGAGUUAAGUUCAACAAAAGAAUAACUACAUAUACGUAUAUUAAGAUGUUUGAAAGAAAACUGCAUGGGAACACUACCAGUUUUGGAGCUUGAUGGGUCUUGAUGGGCAGUGAGUAUGUAGCCUGCAGUUACUUUCAGUCAGUAUUUGACUUUGCUUAUUAAGCCAUAAAGAAUUCAGGAGAAAAGACAUCAAUUGAGGUUAUUAGGUUGUUGGCUAUGGGUGAGUUUCACAAUGAAUAAUUAACAACAAUUAAAGCAACAGUUUUCUGUUUAUAAAAGGCUGGAGGGUAUUUUUACAAAAGCAAAUACAACACAGUAAAAGCAAGAGCUGUUGAUAGCCACGAUUGAAAUCCUGGAACACGACAGGGCUUUGAAAAGAUCUGAAAACAGAGGGUAAUUUAAUCUCAGGAGUUAUGACAGUUGUAGGUUUUAAAGUGAUAUAAAAACUUCAUACUUGCAUUUUCAAGCAACAUCAAUAAGACAAAACCUCUGGUUUUUAGAUCUGUGCAGUUCACAGGCUCUUUGCUAUUUGCAGUAAUGGAUCAUUAACUGUUGUCUUAAUGAUCAGUUCAGGGAAGGGAGUGGUGUAUCACUGCCGGCAAACAUCUUUCUCCAUUUGUCUCACUAUGAAGUAGCAAAUUACAGGAAAACAUCCUUGAGGCGGCGGGGCUAAAGGCCCUCCACACAUGAGAGCUUUUAUCUGCAUUAAAAGCUCAGAGUUUAUUGACCACUGCUCUGGAGAGGAGCUGGUUGGUCAUAUUGCCAUAACCUCUGAACGGUCUUGCAGCUAAAGUGGAAUGGCUUUGCAUGGUAUGCUAUAGAGCUUCUCAGACUGCAGGAGAGGUGACACCCUGUAAGCAUUAAAGGUUAAGAACACUGAUUUAUCAUGUGACUAAAUAAAGAUCAAGAUUUACACUU